AUGGACAUCAAUGCCGGGUCGCUGACGGACGGUGUGGAGCUUGCCGAGCUCGCGCGGAUCGACGUCGCGGCGGGCGGGAAGAGCCGUGGGGAGAUGACAGGCAUCAGCCAAGUCUCAAUCUGGCGCAACUGGUUCCUGGACGGCGCGCAGACGCUGAGCGACCUAAAGGCCACCUUCAACUUCGAGCAGCAGGAUCUCCAUGGGGCGGCCCUGAAAGUGAAGCAGGAGGCCGUUCCGAGCUUGCCAGAGGACCUCGGCGCCUUCGUGAGCGACCUGGGCCACGAGUCAACGGGGAGCCUGCCGGCAGUGAACCUGAUCCUGCCAACGAGCCUUUGCUCCUCUGAAGUGGCCCGGGCCGCGGCGACGAGGCUUGCGCAGCAGGAGGCGAACGAGGAGGUCCGCUUCGUGGCACUUCCACACACGGAAGGAUGCGGAGGUGCCGGCGGAGCCCAGUGCGAAACGAUCUUCCAGCGGGUGAUGCUUGGGCACCUCUUGCACCCACAGGUCCGCCAGGGAUUUCUCCUUGAGCACGGGUGCGAGAAGACGCACAACGACUGGUUUGCUGCACGCCUGGCUGCGCGAGAAGUUCCGAGGGAGCGCUUCGGCUGGGCUUCCGUCCAGAUGGAUGGAGGCGUCGAGGCUGUCUAUGCGCGGAUCAGUGAGUUUUUCAAGGAGCCGCCCUCGCCUUCGCUGCUUCCGGCAUCUGCACUGAGCAUGGCCGUGAUCGCUGCAGCGACCCCGAGGGCUGAGGCACUACUUCUCUCGGAGCUCAUCCGCUUCGUUGUGCUGCGGGGAGGUACCGUUCUUCUUCCAUCGACAAGUCCUCUGCUGUCCAGCGACGCAUUUCUUGCUGCGACCCUGUUCGAGGAGUUGCCGGGAAAGCUGCUGUCACCUACGCUGGCCUAUGCACAGCUCCCGUCCUCACCCGGGCUGCAUGUUAUGGAGGUUCCGAGCACUGCAAGCUCCGUGGAGAUCGUGGCCGGGCUCGCCCCUGCUGUGCACUGCUUCGUAACAUGGCUGGAUGAUUGCGGGCUCCAGCCCGCGCACCCCUUCGUGCCGACGGUGCAUGUGACGGAGGAGGACGGCAGCCAUGCCACCGAGGCCGACGUCGGCGUUGAUUUGGUGGACACGAAAAGAGCCCUAGCCACCAUCCUCAUCACUCUCCGAGAGGCGCUGCGCGGGGCAAAGACCAAAGCUGGUGUCACAGGCGCCGUUGACUUCUCA